AAUAGAAACGGCCAGACACAGGCAUUAUAAGCGACAGUUGGAAAAUUUCGUUUCAUUGAAACACAUCUGUGCUUAACAAUAUAAAAACAAAGAGAGCGUGUGUUAUUAAAAUAAGUAAAAAACUAAAUACUGCACUAAAUUUUAACUGAGACAUUUGACAUAUUCAAUAAGCCCUCAGUGAAUUAUUAGAGUAAAAUACUCAGAAAAUCAAAACCAAAGUUAUGAAGUCGUUUACUGCGCUCACACUAUUUGCGGGCCUCAUCGCCCUGGCCAGCGCUGAAAACUACGCCUGUCACUCGAAUGUGACUUACGGCUGCAGCAACAGUGUCUCAAGCCCCGUCAUUUGCCAUUCCCGUUAUGGUGGCAUUGAAAACGUUGAAUCUGGCAUUCAAUCCUACAUCAACUUGAAUCUGCACAAGUCCUACCAAUAUCUGUUGUUGUCGUCGUUCUACAACUCAUACCAGAAGAAUCGUCCCGGUUUCAACAAGCUCUACCGCUCCAUGUCGGAUCGCUCUUUCGAUGAUGCCAUUGAUUUGAUUAAGCAUGUCACACGUCGCGGCGGCCAGGUUGACUUCCGUGCCAUCAGCCAACACCCCAACUCUAUUGCACAAAGUAAAUUGAAAUUGGAGGAGGAUGAGUUGCACUCAUUGGGCAUUGCUUUGGACAUUGAGAAGACUUUGACCGCUGAUGCUGGCCACGUACACUACCAAUCGACACACGGACGCCCACACGACCCACAGACCGCUCACUACAUUGAGGAGAAAUUCUUGCACCAACAGGCUGAUUCCAUACGCAAGGUUUCGGGCUACGUCAACGAUUUGUCGAAGAUCAUGAACCAACCCGAUCCCUCAUUGGGCAUCUACUUGUUCGAUCAGUACUUGGAGAAGCAGUAAAUGUUGUGGCUGUGAAGUGAAGAUUAUGCGCUGACCUAUACGUUCGGAGCUGAGAAGAACCAUCUUAUACAUACUAUACGUAUUUCUUACAUUACAUUACAAACGAAAACCGAAAAAGAUGUAACUAAAUUUGUUUGAAAAAUAUAUAAAUUCCAACUUUGCGCAUUUAAAUCUUCAGCUUUAUGAAUGUUAUUUACACAACCAAUUAACCAACCAACCAACUUCUGCUUAUGGCACAAAGGCGCAUCCAUGAAAUUAUGCAUAUGUAUUACUAAAAAUAAGUGCUAUAACAUUUUUGAAUUGUUCAUUUCUAUUAUUAUUAUUUACUCUACAUGAAGUUGUAACUUUUUUGCUAGUGGAUUACUUUACAAAAUAUAAAUGUUAAAUUAACGAAAUAGUAAAACAAAAAUUAAAAUUUUUUCUCUCAUA